AAGCGAAUGGAUGCGGUGAGGAGAGGGAAGUCGUCCGAAAUCUGGCUACAUGUGACGUCACGAGAUUUCCUUAGAACAAGCGGCAGCUGCUGAAGCUAGUCGCAGAGCCGGGGAGGACUAUCGCCGCAAUUUCUGUCGACAAAGUAUUAUUUUCGGGCAUUAUAAUUGGCCGCAGCAUCAGCAGCAAUGGAUAGAUCACGGUCCUCCUUCUAUUUUUAUCACUGACUGACUGUUCUUUCCAAAUAUUUUGCUGCGUUGGAAGCACGCAAGCGCUCGAAGGGGGGUGUCCCUAGCUAUCAUUAUUCGACUGCCAGACCAGGGGAAAGGUUCCUCCUACUGGCCUUCCAACACCACUUCCAGUAGCAUCUGGUCUCCCAUCCAGGGACCAAACGUGCCUAGCAUCAGAGGCUGAGUCACCGCUGGAGUGCCUUGAGAGAGCAAAGGAAGACGUGGAGAACAAGAGUGAAAGAGAGGCAGUGUGAGAGAGACGAUUAGGGGAGUAAAGAGUGAGAGGAAAACAGGAGUAGAGAGGAGGUAGCGAGAAGAAAAAGAGAGGGCCAAGGGAGUUGGGGAAAAGACGGCCCGAGACAACACACACAGAGACGGAGUGAGGAGAGGAGAGUGGGUGUGUGUCUGAGGAAGAGACAGCAAGGUCAGGACUGCUGACCCCCCACCCCCCUGGGUCUGAGCACUGGGCUGACGGUCAAGGCGAAGCCACUAUGAGCGACCAAAAUGUUGUCAAGGAAGGCUGGGUUCAGAAGAGAGGUGAGUACAUAAAGAACUGGAGGCCGCGUUACUUCCUGCUGAAGACCGACGGAUCCUUCAUCGGCUACAAAGACAAACCCCAGGACGCAGACCUGGCCUAUCCCCUCAAUAACUUCUCUGUAGCAAAAUGUCAGCUGAUGAAGACGGAGCGGCCCAAGCCCAACACGUUCAUCAUCCGCUGUUUGCAGUGGACCACGGUUAUUGAGAGGACAUUCCAUGUGGACACGCCUGAUGAGAGGGAUGAGUGGGCCGAGGCCAUCCAGAUGGUGGCUGACUCCCUGGCCAAGCAGGAGGAGGAGGGGAGCCUGUGCAGCCCCACGUCGCAGAUCGAGAACGAGGUCAACGAGGAGGAGAUGGACACCUCCACCAGCCAACACAAACGGAAGACAAUGAAUGACUUUGACUAUCUGAAACUACUGGGCAAAGGCACUUUUGGGAAAGUCAUUCUGGUGAAGGAGAAGGCGAGCGGAACGUAUUACGCCAUGAAGAUCCUGAAGAAGGAAGUCAUCAUCGCCAAGGACGAAGUUGCUCACACCCUCACAGAAAGCAGAGUGUUAAAAAACACCCGGCAUCCAUUCCUAACAUCUCUGAAGUACUCCUUUCAGACCAAGGACCGGUUGUGCUUCGUCAUGGAGUAUGUAAACGGAGGAGAGCUGUUUUUCCAUUUGUCAAGAGAGCGAGUGUUCUCUGAAGACCGCACGCGAUUCUACGGAGCUGAGAUCGUCUCCGCUUUAGACUACCUUCACUCUGCCAAGAUAGUGUACCGCGAUCUGAAGCUGGAGAACUUGAUGCUGGAUAAAGACGGACACGUCAAGAUCACGGACUUCGGCCUCUGCAAAGAGGGCAUCACAGAUGCGGCCACCAUGAAGACCUUCUGCGGCACGCCGGAGUACCUGGCUCCAGAGGUGCUGGAGGACAAUGACUACGGCCGGGCGGUGGACUGGUGGGGUCUGGGCGUGGUCAUGUAUGAGAUGAUGUGCGGCCGGCUGCCCUUCUACAACCAGGACCACGAGAAGCUGUUCGAGCUGAUCCUCAUGGAGGAGAUCAAGUUUCCGCGCACGCUCUCCUCUGACUCCAAGUCUCUGCUCUCUGGCCUGCUCAUCAAGGACCCCAACAAACGACUCGGUGGCGGUCCAGACGACGCAAAGGAGAUAAUGCGCCACAGUUUUUUUGUGGCAGUAGACUGGCAAGACGUCUACGACAAAAAGUUGGUCCCCCCCUUCAUGCCCCAGGUCUCCUCAGAGACGGACACCCGGUAUUUUGAUGAGGAGUUCACGGCACAGACGAUCACCAUCACUCCCCCGGAAAAAUAUGAUGAAGACGGGAUGGGCGAGGGUGACAGCGAACGGAGGCCUCAUUUCCCACAAUUCUCGUAUUCGGCCAGUGGACGGGAGUGAAAGUCAUUGCCAGUCAGCCAGUAUCGCCCCCCCCCCCCCCCGCCGUUUCGAGGAAAACACGUAGCCAUUUUAGGAAAAGUCUCCCCUCUUUUCUCCUUCUCUGUAUUCAAGUGCAGACUGGGAGAAGUCGUCUUUUUAGGGACUAUAAAAGGGGUUUUGCACAGUGGGAUAGACUCAAGCUGGUCUCUCCACACAAAAAAAAAGUAUCUUACAUUUUCAACGCUAUAUACUGCAGAAGGCAAUGUUUUUGUUAUGUAUUUUUAUCCGUCAGUAUUAGGUUGUCGACCUGUUACGUUCUUUGUCCGUUUUUUAUUUGAUUUUCAACUUUUUUGCACUUGGUUUGGAAGAGCCGUUCUAGGGAACAAAACCAAAAAUGUUGCCUUACGUGUGCAGAUGUUUCGUAUCAUACAGACAGGGUUUGGGUCAGGGGGCUCGUGGUUCAUUCAAACGAUUAUUUUUCUCAUAUACAAUGCCAUGGCGGCGCACAUUCUCCAAUCCCAUGGCAACGAGAAUCACUGUCUACUAAAAACAACAAAAAAGACAGAACUGACGGAGUUUCUUUCAUUCCAAUUUCAUUGUCAGUGUUAUUUCUUUUCAUCCUUUUUGACCUUUUCUUUUUCAGCCAGAGAUUUCUACUUGGUUAUUGUUUGACAGAAACACUAAACUGCCAGAUACUGCACGGUUCACUCAGGCAACACAGAGCACAACCGCAUUCAACUCAGCUACCAGUUUAGCUUUACACACCCAUCAGGGAAAAGCUACUAUGAAUAUACAAGCCUUUUUUGCAUCUUUUUCCACAGUCAUUUGAUUUAAUAACUUAUUUUCAUAGCUAUAGAAAAAAUAGUGGUAUGGAUAUUUACACAAGGAAUGUGGCUUAUACAGGUCCACCUUGUGCUGUCAUCACACACACACACUAACAUCAGAGCCAGCUCUGAGCUCUGCUGAUAUGACUUGUGACAGACUAUGAAAUCUGUAUCUGUAAAAAAAAAAAAAAAAAAAGCAUUAUCUCCCCAUCAAUCACACACACACACACCCUUGGUUUUCUUCCCAAAUCGACAAGGUGGGCGGAAGGCAUCAAUAAUUUCUAACCAUGUUGGGCCACAGAUCAUGUGAAACUGAGCCAUGAAUAUACUUGUGUAUGAUGAUAGGAUGAGAACUGUGUGAGAAUGGAGAGAGAAAAGGAAAGCAGUUCCCCCCCCACACCUUUUGUGAUGUAAAUAUGCAAUGCCUUUUUUUGUUCUUAGUGGCGUCUUGGCCAGACAUGAACUUGUGUGUGUGACUGUACUUCAAGCUUGCUGACGAGAACCAAGACCGGAGGAAAAGGAAGACUGAGAGCUACGUUUUGGGUUAAAACAACGUAAACUACAAUGUUAAAGACUGGCUGGAAGCUCCCAUUUUGUGGCUGUCAUCGUCGCCUCGACCUGUCUGUUCAGAAGAGGUUUCCAUGGAGAUAAGACCUCUUUUCGCUGUUGGUCGAAUGGAUUGACACCCAUUGUACUGUUUUAUUUUUCCCUUUUCAAAUGGGACCAUGGUCAAUUCUGCAGUGAUAUAUGGUUACAUCAGGUUGUUACCAUUCUCCCCCCCCCCCCCUUUUUUUUUUGUACCAUAGUACUAGUUUUAUUUAUGUUUGUCACUCUAGGCAGUGUUACCCAGUCUUGUUCAGAGUCAAAAAGGCACCUCUCUUUCAGUCGCUGAAGGAUGAUAUUGUUGGAUGCAUUACUAAAGUCGUUUUUUUAUCCAAUUGUUUUUGGAUUGUUUGCCUGUUUGUUUUCUUACCAAAACAUUAGGGCAAGAACCCAAUAGUGGACUUGCAUUGCCGUGGUAGUAUUUAUUUUGAAUUAAAUUAAAGAAUACAUUUCAGGGUU